UCCCUCCGUUGUCCGUUGCAGCCGUCAGUGUAGGCUCGACCGGUGAGGAGGGAGGACGUAUGCACCGCGUCCAUCCAUGAAGAGAAGCCACAAUGAACCCCUUUGCGUUAGUGCUGUAGCGUCCUUUUCACUCCACUGUUGAUCUCCGCUGGACCCGAGUGCGCUUCCACGCGGCCCAUGACCAUGAACUGGACGCUCGUGACCAUCGUCGUCGUCAUGUCACUGAUAUCGACAGUGACGAUGAGGAACCAGCAUCAGACGGGCCUGGAAAUGAGUCAUCUCUCGUCGCAUGCGGCAUCCCAGGGCCUCAGUCCAGGGCGAAGUUGGGAGGCGAAGCCACAAGACAACGACCUCGCGCCUGCCAGAGAUCCUAUUUCCAUAUCCCCCUUUCCGAGGCGAAGGAAGAGGAAGAAGAGGACGAGGAGAAACUCUUCCCCAAAAUUCGUUAAAAGAUUCGUCCGACGGAUAAUGGCCAACAGAAUGAAGGACAAAGUUGUAAAAGAUGCAAAGUGUGGAAGGAGUUACAACGUCAAAAGCAAUAACAUCUUCAAGAUCCGGCUGCACACCCGCGGUACCUGCAACAUGAUAUUCAGGGCAAGCGCGAAAGCAGCCUUCAAACUGUCCUGUUUGGCGGUGACGGUUGACAGCUGUGAUUCCUCGCAGCUGCAUCUCUCCUUCGGCAACUCUACGACGGUCAG